UUGCCACCAGAAACUGGUUGAAUGGCUCCUGCUCUUUAUUAACUACUAAGAUGACAAAUUCAAUAAAGGUUCAGUCUAUUACCCCAACUGAUUAUUUUGACAUUUAGGAGGUAGGAGUAAGGUUACGCUAUUUAAAAUUAUUUUUUCAUUCAAAGGCAUUUUCUGUGGUUUGUCUUUUUCGAGCUAGCUUGUGGUCCUUGCACAUCUUGUGGUUUAGCAGAAGCUUAAAUACCAAGUAAAGGAACUAAUAUUUGUCUUUUCUUAUCUCACUCAUCUCAAAAGCAUUGACUUGUCAGGUGCAGCAAUGUCUGCCUAUCCCAGGGAUCUGUCUGCUACACUCUAUCAGCUCUUCAUGUGCACCAUCUUAGUUUGGCUGAGCUCUCCAGACUAUGUGCUGUGUGACUGUGCUUCUGAGCCCCCCGAGCAGCAGAAUAUUAUUACAGAGGCAGACACCCUACUCCCGUGUUACUUUCCAGAACCCAUUCUUUCAGGACUCCGCCAGGACAGCGGUUCAGUCAUAUGGACAAGGAACGGCACAGAGUACCUGGUGGAGAUUAAACUCUCGGGUGUGAGUAGUUUUUGGAAGACAUACAAAUCCCGAUUUCAGACUUUUCCAACUCUGGCAAAAAGUGGAAAUUUUUCUUUACUCCUGAAACUCACAAGUGUUGAAGAUGUUGGGAGUUAUGAGUGCAGGCUCUAUGAAGGCGACCAGUGCGUAGCUGGACACAAGAUACAUCAUUUAUAUGUGGCAGGUCCAGGUCAAAGUAAGGACCAUGUUGUAUUUUAUUGCGUUGUUGGAUCUGGAUGUGCUGCACUGCUUAUCAUCAUCUUAUCAGCUAUCCUGAUCUGGAGAGUACAAAAGAGAAGAAAGAACAGAAACACACACAAUACAAAUUGUUCCUGUCCGCCUCGGAGAUGACAGCUUUACAUAUGGAGCGUUCCAUGUUGCACUCAGAAUCCAGUGCACGCAGCUGAAAUAUUGAGUGGAAUGCAAAAAAAAGUGAAUGUUUCCAAUAAAGAUAUUUACAGUGCAAAUGUUUGUGUCAUUGAUGUUACAAGUCAAACCAUGUGCCUGUCUAACAUCCCAAACCAAGGUCAUUAAUACGAAGUUGGUCUGUCCUUUGCUGCUAUAACAGCUUCUGCUCGUCUGGGAAAGCUUCCCACUAGAUUUUGGUGGGAUUUGGUUUCAUCCAGCCACUAGAGCAUUCGUAAGGUUGGGUGCUGGUGUUGGGGAUCAGUCAUGGCUCACAGUUGUUCCAGUCCACCCCACAGUUCUGUGCAGAUGAGUCAAGUUCUACCAUCUCUGCAAAUCUAUUCUGUACAAACCAUGCUCUGUGCAUGGGUACAUUAUUGUGCUGAAACAUGACAGAGCCUUGCUUAAACUGUUCUCCCAAUGUAGGAUGCAAGGAA